AUGAAAGCAACUCUGUUCCGCUGGGGUCCAUUCUUGAAAUUAUGUCUUCUUUUCUCAAUCAUCUUUGACACUGGGGAGGCACAAAGCUCGACUGGGGAUCCCACGCCACAGGCUUCUGCAUGCGCAUUUCCUGGGAGUGGUAGUGGCUCUUCUACUAGUGCCAGCCGUCGCUCAGAUUCUAUGAGCAAUGGAGGGAGCAAGAACUUGACAAGGCGAGUUUUGCAAAGCCAAUUUGGCCCUGGCGAUUCAAGCGGCUAUCUCCGGUCCAAGCUUCAGGUAGCAGAUUUCAUGGACUACGAUGACGUGUGGUCUAUGACAACAUUUGAGGAGCUGCAGGAUGAGGAGAUCAAAACUGCCGUUGUAACACUUUCUGGUUGUGUCUCUGUGGCCGUUGUCUCUCGAAAGGGAGUUUAUUUGACACAUCAUUGGGAGAAACCUACCUUUAGUCCAUCGGGCGAUUUCUCGCAGAUCGGUACUGAGGAAUUCUUCAAAGAACAUGUUUUGGAUGUCAUUGAACAGGGUGGAAUUGAUGCGCCGAGUCUGAACAGUGGUGGUCCGAGGCAGUGUAAUGUGAUCCCACACAAGCUGGCUACAGGCUCUGGGUAG